GAGCAUCAGACCCAACGUCCACACGAACAAGCAGCCACCGGCCUCUGUCCCCGGGGCAGGAGACUCACUUCCGAUGGCGUUUAAUGGUUGCUUUAGUUUGAAAUACCCUGGCAACCCCAAGCAAGGUGACUUGAUCGAAGUGUUUCGUCCUGGCUAUCAGCACUGGGCUCUGUACUUGGGUGAUGGUUAUGUUAUCAACAUUGCACCUCUAGAGGAUGGCGUUGCUGCAGCGUUUACAAGUGCCAAGUCUUUAUUCAGCAGAAAGGCCCUGGUGAAGAUGCAGCUUUUGAAGGAUGUUGUGGGAAAAGACACAUACAGAAUAAACAACAAAUACGAUGAGAUAUACCCGCCUCUCCCCGUGGAAGAAGUCAUGCAGCGGUCAGAGUUUGUCAUUGGGCAGGAAGUGGAGUAUGAUUUAUUGGUCAAUAACUGUGAGCAUUUUGUGACAUUGCUUCGCUAUGGAGAAAGUGUCUCAGAACAGGCCAACAAAGCAAUAAGUUCCAUUGGGUUUGUGACAGCAGCUGCUGGUGUCUUCUCAUUGCUGGGCUUGUUUCCAAAAAGACAAAGAACCAAAUACUGUUAACAAUUUACUGAAGAGAUUUUGGAACUGAAGGAAUUUGUGAGGAUCUGGGGAAUAAAUUUUUUUUUUAAAAAAGGGGAAUGUAUACUUAUUUUCACUGCAUCGUUAUUGUCCCAAAUUUCAAAUGAUGGAUGGCAAGCUCUUUAAUAAAUUGCUUACUGAUGUUAUCUCUUCAUCGAGCCAAGAAAAUUCUCGUCCCUACCCACAGAGAUUUGCUAUGACAGCUUGAACAAGAAACUGUAGCCUUUUGAGCGAGAGCACAGCGGAUCUUAACAAAAUCACAUCAUAUUUUAUCUUCUACUAUAAAUAUUGCUUUCCUUUUCCCUAGGGGUGACUAUUUUGAAUUUGCCAGAGGGAUGAAGAACAAUUUAUAUAUGAUUUUUAAAAGAAAUGUUAAGUUCCUUAAAUGGUUAGGGUUGACAUCUUAAUUCA